AUGGGGGCUGGAUGCAGUAACAUGAGUGGGGAUGACAAGAGGGCGGCCGAGCAGUCGCGGGCGAUCGACAAGGAGCUUGCCCAGGCCAAGAAGAAGGCCACCAAGGAGGUGAAGUUGCUCCUGCUCGGAGCCGGCGCGUCGGGCAAAUCGACCGUGGCCAAACAGAUGCACAUCCUCUACCUCAAUGGCUUCGGCGAGAGCGAGUUGAUCGAGUACAAGCAGCAAGUAGCCACCAACAUGGUGAACAACAUGCGUGCCCUCCUCCUUGGCGCUCGCAAACUUGGUAUCCCCAUCUCGGACUCGUUGAAGAAGGAGGCGCAGCUGCUCUUGUCCUUCGAGGAAGAUGAUGAAGACAUCGAGUGGUCCGAGGACCUCUACGACGCGCUCAGGCUUCUGUGGGCCGACGAGGGCAUCGCCGCCGCCUUCAAGCGUUCCAACGAGUUCCAGCUGAGCGACUCCACCUACUAUUUCUUCUCGAACAUCGAGAAUUACAAGAACCUGCCGAGCUACCAGAUCACCGACGUGGACAUCCUGCACAUCCGCAAGCGCACGACGGGCAUCGCCGAGACCCACUUCUCGCAUAACAACCUCAACUUCACGAUGGUGGAUGUGGGUGGUCAGAGGAACGAGCGCCGCAAGUGGAUUCACUGCUUCGAGGACGUCACGGCCAUCAUCUUCGUCGCCGCCCUGUCCGAGUACGACCAGGUGCUCGAGGAGGACAACGAGACCAACCGCAUGGUCGAGUCGCUGAAGCUCUUCGAGGACACCAUCAAUAACGACUGGUUCAACCGGAAGCCCAUCAUCCUGUUCCUCAACAAGGUCGACAUCUUCGAAAAGAAACUCGAGCACAGCAAUCUCGGCGACUACUUCAGCGAGUACAAGGGAGGCUCGGACCUGGCGAAGGCCAAGAAGUGGGUCCAGGAGCAGUACGACUCGCGGAAUCACUCGCCCAACAGGCAAGUGUACAUCCACUUGACGACGGCGACCGACACGUCCAACAUCCAGAUGGUGUUCGACGCCUGCAAGGACAUCUGGCUCUCCGAGGCCCUCGACACCUUCAACUUCUAA